AUGUCUGACAAGCGAAUUUCUUUCAAGGUUGAUGGCGAGGUGCAAGGUGUCAACUUCAGAUCGUUCACGCAGAAGCAGGCCAAGAGCAUUGGCGUCACAGGUUUUGUGUCCAACGCUUCAGAUGGCACCGUCCAAGGGGAGGCUCAGGGCAGCGAGGAUAAGAUCAAGGAGUUCAUCCAGCACCUGAACAAGGGUCCGUCUGCAGCGUCUGUGUCGGGUGUUGAGCAUAACGAUAUCUCAUCUAAGAGUGGAGAAAGUGGCUUCAACGUCCAGUAG